GCCCCGCAGGCCCGACGCCGCCAUCUUUGUUAGGGGCACCUGGGUCUGGUGUUUGGAGAUGCCGAAGUCGUGCGCGGCCCGGCAGUGCUGCAACCGCUACAGCAGCCGCAGGAAGCAGCUCACCUUCCACCGGUUCCCGUUCAGCCGCCCGGAGCUGCUGAAGGAAUGGGUGCUGAACAUUGGCCGGGGCAACUUCAAGCCCAAGCAGCACACGGUCAUCUGCUCCGAGCACUUCCGACCUGAGUGCUUCAGCACCUUUGGAAACCGCAAAAACCUGAAGCAGAAUGCCGUGCCCACAGUGUUUGCCUUUCAGGACGCCGCGCAGCUGGUGAGGGAGAACACGGACCCGGCCGGUGGGGGUACAGAUGCGGACCCGGAGAAGGAGGAGGUGAGUCCGCGCUGGCACCCCCAAGUGGUCUCCGAGGCGGGGCCCGCGGAGUGUGGCCUGGGGAGGAAGACGGACGCCGCCCUCGAAGCGCUGCCCCCGCACGCCGGCGGCCCCGUAGAACAGGUCUCGCCGCAGAGACCGCAGGGAAGCCGGGCGCCUGGUCAGCCGGCCAGCCCCGCACAGCCGUCCGAUCACAGCUACGCCCUUUUGGACUUAGAUGCCCUAAAAAAAAAACUCUUCCUGACUCUGAAGGAAAACGAGAAGCUCCGAAAACGCUUGAAGGCUCAGAGGCUGGUGAUACAGAGGAUGUCCAGCCGCCUCCGCGCCCACAGAGCGGGCCAGCUGGGACUCCAGGCCAGGCCGCCGCCAGAGCAGCAGAGCUGAGCCGCACGGCCAGGCUUUCCUGUCGGAGCCUCUCUGGGGGGGGUGGGACGGUGGCUCUGGGGCGCUGGCCGCGGACCUUUCAGUCCUGCCGCUGACAGGCAAAGGGACAGUGAGGCGUGCCGGGUCAAGCCCAGGUGAGGAGCCCGGGCCACCUCAGGGGAAGUUUAGUGGCAUCAGCCCCAGGACAGGGCGGGACCGUGAUCAAGAGGAGCUCGGU